AUGGGUUCCAAAAGACCAAAUGGCAGCUUCGCCACCUUAAGCCAAUACUUCACACGGCCACGAUCACGGCCUUCAAUAUCAUGCAACCACUUCAAAUCAACAACCACCCCACCACUGCCCAGACAUACACGAAGCAUUUCCGUCCGCGCAACCGAAUACCUACAACUACAUGACCCCGACCUGACCGACUCACAACGCACGGUCCGCGAAGCCAUCAGCAAAAUAUGCAGCAAGUUCCCGGACAGCUACUGGGCGACGGCGGAAAAGGAGCACCGGUUCCCAGUCGAAUUCCACCAGGCGAUCGCGGGAGACGGCUGGCUGGGCAUCUGCAUGCCGGCGGAGUACGGGGGCAGCGAGCUGGGGAUCGCCGAGGCGGCGGUGAUGGUGCAGACGAUCGCGGAGAGCGGGGCGGCCUACGCGGGCGCCAGCGCCGUGCACAUGAACAUCUUCGGGCUCGAGCCCGUGAGGAAGUUCGGCACCGACGAGCAGAAACGCCGCAUGCUGGUGCCGCUCAUCGCCGGCGAGCAUCGCGCUUGCUUUGGCGUCACGGAGCCGAACACGGGGCUGGACACCUUGAAGUUGCAGUCCAAGGCCGUCAAGGUCAAGGUCGGUGAUGAGUCUGGCUCCGAGGGCGAGGGCGACCACUAUCUCCUCAGCGGGCAGAAGAUAUGGAUUUCGACGGCGCAGGUCGCGGAGAAGAUCCUGAUCCUGACGCGCACGACGCCGCUCGAGGGCGUCACCAAGCCCAGCCAGGGCCUCAGCCUGUUCUACACGGACCUGGACCGGUCGCAGGUGCAGAUCACCGAGAUCCCCAAGAUGGGCCGGGCGGCGGUCGACUCGAACAGCCUGUUCUUCGACGACUGGAAGGUGCCCGCGGCGGACCUCAUCGGCCAGGAAAACCACGGCUUCAAAAUGAUCAUGCACGGCAUGAACGCCGAGCGCAUCCUCAUUGCCGCCGAGGCCAUCGGCAUCGGAUACGCCGCAUUGAGGCGCGCCGCGCUGUAUGCUGGCGAGCGCCAUGUUUUCGGCAGGCCCAUUGGUCAGAAUCAGGGCGUGCAGCAUCCCCUGGCGACAAGUUGGAUGGAGCUUGAGGCCGCCAGGCUCAUGAUCUAUCAGGCUGCCAGGCUGUAUGAUGAAGGGUAUGAGGCCGGUGAGUACGCCAACGCCGCGAAGUUCUUGGCCGCCGAGGCGGCGUAUAAAGCCUGUGAGCGCGCGGUGUUGGCCCAUGGGGGUAUGGGGUAUGCGAAGGAGUAUCAUGUUGAGAGAUAUUUUCGGGAGGUUAUGAUCCCGAGGAUUGCGCCUGUUAGUCGUGAGAUGAUCAUGAAUUACAUUGGACAGAGGGUUUUGGGAUUGCCGAAGUCCUACUAG